AUGGCUAUGCUCCGUAAGAUGGUUCGAGGGCCCACGCCCGCCGCGUUACGAUACUCGAUGCUGCCUCCGCCGCCAAUGACAGAUCUCGAAUUCUACGCGGCUCUCGUCAAGGACUACCAGCAGACCGCAGCCAGACUCCCCACGCUGCUGUCCAACAAGAUUCGCAAGGGAAUCCCCCCGCCGCUGAGAGGCGUUGUGUGGCAGAGCAUGUCUGGCUCUCGUGACCACGACUUGGAGGAGCAGUACGAGCGACUCAAUGGUGAAUCUAGCCCGUAUGAGGGUCUCAUUGGCAAGGAUCUCGGCCGGAGUUUUCCUGGUGUUGAAAUGUUUCGCGACCCUGACGGAGACGGCCAGCGUAUGCUUGGGCGCGUGUUGAAGACAUUUAGUCUGUAUGAUACCAAGAUCGGAUACUGUCAAGGCCUCGCGUUUCUUGUUGGCCCUCUGUUGAUGCACAUGCCUGACAAACAGGCAUUCUGUAUUUUGGUUCGGCUCAUGGAGCGCUAUGACCUGAGAAGCUGCUUUCUACCAGAUCUUUCGGGACUUCAUGUGCGAAUAUACCAAUUCCGAGAGCUCUUGAGAGCCAAUCUCCCCGCGCUGUGGAGCCACCUGGAAGAUCUGCAGGUAGAAACAGCCUACGUCUCGCAGUGGUUCCUAAGUUUCUUUGCAACCACCUGCCCCCUGCCGAUGCUAUUCCGCAUUUACGACGUGAUUUUCGCCGAGGGCGCACCUGAGACACUAAUGCGCGUCGCACUAUCACUAAUGCGGAGGAACGAGGCUAGGUUGCUAUCUUGCACUGAGCUUGAAGAUGUGAUGCAGCUCCUCUUGUCCAGGGGUUUAUGGGAUUGCUACCACUACAACGCCGACGAGUUUGUGCAAGAUUUCGCCAGCCUCACUGGCAUUGUCACUCGAGAGAAGCUCGCCCAGCUGGAGCAGGGAUACCGUGAAUCUCUAGUUGCGACCGCCAAUACCGCCCGCACAUCUGAUAUUGCAACCGCUGCCGCCCGUUUCCUAGGUCGCAUCUGGGCAUCGUCUGGUGCAUUCCCCAGAAGCUCAGGCUUGGCUCCAGGUUUCAGUGCACCAUCAAGGCCAUUGAGUAUGUUGCGUCGGAGCACCUCCAAACAAAGCCUUGCCUCCACCCUAAACUCGGUUGAGGCAAGCUCCGCCAGUGUUAUGAGUUCAUCCUCGACAGAUGCCACUACUGUGUCAAGAGACUCUUCAAACACUACCGAGGACGAUUCUGCAAGCCGAGAAUCAACCCCGGUAGCACCCAAGGUCGCUGCCAGCAGCAGCAAGAACACAGACGAUAAGCAUUUGCAUGGCCAAAUUGAAGAUCUCCUCACCGUGCUAAGCGAGCUGCAGCGUAAUCAUGCGCUGCUGUCGAGCGAACUGAAACGCGAACGAGAGGAGAGAGAAGAGGACCGAAAAGCUGUUCGAUCUCUCUUGGACGGGCUCAGGAAGAGAGUAAGCCUCGCGGAUGAGGAAUCAGACGAGGAAGAAGAAGAGGAAGAAGAAGAAGAGGAGGCGGAGGAGGAGGAUGGAAAAGAUAAUGCGCCAUCUGCAGAAGACUUGGAAGAGCUGCUUGAUAGAGUGGAAAGCCGCUUUGGAAAUGGAACUGACAGUGACGAUGGCAACAAGAGUAAAUCUCAGCCAUCAGCAUCUGGCACGAACUCGGAAUUGCAGAUUGAGCUACAGCAGGCCAAAGACCAGCUUGCCAGUGCCAUGUCGCAGAACCAGAAUUUCAGCCGGCAGAUACACGACUUGGACCAGGAGAUGUCAUCUCUGAAAGAGCAAAUCCGGGAAAGUCACAGCCACGUUAGGACCCUUCACCAGGACAAGCAGCGGCUUGAAAAGCAGAUACAAGCUUUGCGAGCCAGACCAACAUCCAGUGAUCCGGGCCUGGGAGGUCUCGAUACGGGAACAGAGUGGACUCCCAAGCCCCCCGCUGGGCUGAGGGAGUUUAAGCUUGGACGUAGUAAGUCCAUGGCUUCCCAGGGCUCAUCAUAUAACAGACGAAAGUCCUCGGUGAUGCAGAACAACGACCUGGUGCCACCGCUACCGGCGUCGAUGCCCCCAACACCAUUGGCGUCAGACGAGAGCAAAUCGCCUCAGAAUGACCUCGAUACGCUGCUGAUGGAACUUGCGCAAGCAAAGACGGUGCAGGCUAUUGCCAAGCAAGAGGCCGAAGAGGCGAAGCAGCAGCUGGAGGCGAUGAAGAAGAUGUAUAAUCACGCUCAAGCUCAGCUUCAAGCCCAGGCUCAGGCCCAGGCCGACUCCCCCAACGGUCCUGUAUCCCCAGGCUCGACUAACGCCAAAGUUGCGACGACCGCAGCUACGUCUCCUGGAUCAGGUGGUGGUGGUUUCUGGGGCUGGCGCAGGUGA